UGGAUGACAACUUUUGUCCAUGGGUAGUCACAACUGGGCCAUUAAAUUUGCUCCAAUUUUAACUUUUCCCAACAAUAACAAGUAGAAUGAGUUAUUAACGAUGUAAUGCCUUGUGUUUGGUUGCGAAAAUUACAGCUGCACAUGUUUGCAUGAGUAUCACAAAUAUUCUGAGUUAAACGGUUAUCAAAUACAGCGCAAUUUUGUUUGUACUUCGACCCUUGAAUGUCUGCAUGCCCCAGUUAACGUUGUUUUCAAUUUUUGCUUUACAAUGUUUACGGUUAAUUUGGUAUUUUUGUUUGUAUGUUGAGGCAAAGUUCUGUAUUUGCUAGCAAAACUUUGAUGUCAUUCCAGGCAGAACACCUCACUGUUGAGUUGAUUUGUGCACAAGAAACUGCUUGAAUCAGGGGUUGCCCCAAUUUUCCUCAUCUUUGGUGAUUCGUUGUCAUGUUUGUUAACAAGGGGCCAUUUUUUUUUUCAUAAAGGUUUUCAGUGAGCAAAAUUUGGUUUCACAAUUUCAACAUGAAACGUCCAAAGUGAGCAGUGGCUUCUCUGAAUGACAUCACAACAACAGCACCUCCCUUAGCGUGGACAAUUUUGAAUAAUCAAACAGUGGACUUCUCAGUAUUAAUCAAAAUAGGUUUUUGGAGUUUGAAGUUGUGCAAAAAGCAUGUCUGACAGAACCAUAUUGCAUUGAUCCUUUCAUAAACUGCGUGUCUGAGAGUUUGUCAGUCCGGUUUCGUUUCUACAUUUUCCUCUCUGAUCAAACUUGUUUAAGCUUGUCAUUGUGGGAUACCUUUGCAGAAGUACAGUGCUGAUUGGUUUUCCAAGAGUAAACACAAUUCUGAAACCAAUACCAUGGUAAAAAUUGUCACAUCCACAAGGCAAUACAACAUACACGCAUGUACAUGUAUGUACAUGUAUUAAAGUCCCUUGCUUUGUAUUGCACAUUCAUGUUACAAGUGUACAUAAAGGCUCUCAUUGAGGUUGCUGGUUAUCCGUGCUUUCAUUUUUGAUUUGUCACAUAGAUCUUAACAGAUUCGCAGACACUAAUGAAACUUGAGUGGAUCACGUGCCAAAGGAGGAAAUGAAAUUACAGCAGUGGACAAUUCUGUAACAGUCCCUGCGCCAUUGUGCAGCUGUUGUACAUACAUGUACAUGUACUGUAUACAUAUUGAUUGGACUUCAUGCUGUUGGUGCGGUGUUCUAUAGUCAUGUACAUGUACAUGUAUGAUGGUUGUAGUACAAAAUUUGCAGUUGGAGAUACUGUGUGUCCAUGAUGUUGAUUCAGCUACAGCUGGUUUGAGCUGCACACUCGCACCAUGGAACGGGACAAGUUGAUCAGCGAUGGUAGCAGAAGGCGGAGCUACGGCGAUGGGGGAACGUCCGUCACCGAUGAUGACGACCUGUUGGACAUCAGCACAGACACCGAUGUGUCAUCAUCAUUCCUCAUUGGGGUAUCUACACGCAAUAGGCGCAGCAUGAACGGGUUGGAAAAUGGAUCUGAUUUGUAUGAAGGAAGCACUGGUCUGGAUCAGUAUGAGGAUUUCCACACCAUCGAUUGGGCACGGGACAUGCAGCGAUAUCGUAAGGAACACAAGGCCGUCACGCGGCGCGGCAACGCAUCGGCGUGGGGGCGUGUCAGGGCUGCCUUCUAUGCGGUCUCGGCCUGGGUGGUGGUGCUGCUGGUGGGCAUCUUUGCAGGGGUCUUUGCUGGUAUUAUUGACAUCGGUGCGACAUGGCUGAGCGACGUCAAACUGGGUAUCUGCCAGAGCGCCUUCUGGUUGAAUUGGGAACAGUGCUGCUGGGUGCAGAACAACACAGAGUUCGGGGAUGAUGAUGACAUCCGCUGCACCACGUGGUUCCAGUGGCACGAGCUCUUCGGCCUGGAUGACCCGUUUGACAUCAAUGCGUACGUCGUCGCUUACUUGAUGUUCGUGUUGUGGUCUCUGGUCAUGGCGGCCUUGGCCGUGCUACUCGUACUGGCGUUUGCACCUUAUGCUUGCGGCUCUGGAAUACCCGAGAUCAAGACCAUUUUGAGUGGAUUCAUCAUGCGCGGCUUCUUCGGCAAGUGGACCCUGCUUAUUAAGAGCAUCACCAUGAUCCUGGUGGUAGGGGCGGGGCUUAGUCUGGGCAAGGAAGGGCCACUGGUCCACGUGGCCUGUUGUUGUGGCAACCUCUUUGCCCACCUCAUCCCCAAGUAUGCCAAGAAUGAGGCCAAGAAGAGAGAGAUGCUGUCUGCCGCCUCAGCAGCGGGCGUGUCUGUUGCAUUCGGUGCUCCUAUUGGUGGGGUGUUAUUCAGCUUAGAGGAGAUAAGUUACUACUUUCCCCUGAAGACCCUGUGGCGGUCUUUCUUCUGUGCAAUGAUCGCGGCUUUCGUCCUGCAAGCCAUCAACCCGUUUGGCAACGACCACGCCGUCAAGUUCUAUGUGGAGUAUGACACGCCCUGGUACUUCUUUGAAAUUGGUCCCUUCAUCCUGCUAGGAAUCUUUGGGGGACUGUAUGGAGUUGCCUUCAACAGACUCAACUUGAAAUGGUGCAAGCUACGCAUGACAUCCAGGCUGGGAAACUACCCAAUUACAGAGGUAUUAUUGGUUGCCUUGGCAACAGCACUUCUCAGUUACCCCAAUCCGUACUCCAGGCUCAACACCAGCCAGCUGAUUGCAGCCUUGUUCCGUGAAUGUGGCCCGCAAGAUGCCAUUGGCUUCUGUGAUUACAAUCGUACCUAUGCCCGAACCGACCGUGAGUGGUACCCGUCAGCGAUGGCUCAGCCAGGUCUGGUAGCGGCCAUGUGGCAGCUUCCACUAGCCAUGAUACUACAGGGCAUCCUGACAGUCUUUACCUUUGGGCUGAAGGUACCAGCUGGUCUCUUCAUUCCUACAAUGGCUGUUGGUGCAAUAGGAGGGCGCAUGGUCGGGAUAGCAAUGGAGCAGCUUGCGAUCCAACACCCAGACCUAACAAUUUUCACAGGGUGUUUCAAUGGCGGCAAAUGCAUCACUCCUGGCCUGUAUGCUAUGGUUGGGGCGGCAGCCACCCUGGGUGGAGUAACUCGUAUGACCAUUUCCCUAGUGGUCAUCAUGUUUGAGCUGACCGGUGGUCUAACCUACAUCGUGCCUCUCAUGAUUGCCUGUAUGGUCAGUAAGUGGGUAGCCGAUGCGUUCGGCAAGGACGGAAUCUAUGACGGUCACAUACACCUGAAUGGCUACCCUUUCUUAGACAGCAAGCAAGAGUUCAUGCGCACGACACUGGCAUCAGACGUGAUGUCUCCAAGGCGAACUGACCCUCCACUGUGCACAAUCACCAUGGAUACAAUGACAGUUGAAGAGCUGGAAAACUUGACGAUUGAAACUCGGUUCAACACCUACCCUGUUAUCGUGUCCAAGGACUCGCAGCGUCUGGUGGGCGUGGUUUACAGGAAAGAGCUCGUCCAUGCAUUGAAGCAAGCCAGGAAGACCCAACCAGAUAUCGUCAGCCAAUCCAAGGUGUACUUUACCAGGAAGGUGCCCAAGUUCCAGGUUCCUGGCAUCCCCCACCACCUCAGCUUGCUCAGCAUCCUGGAUGGGAGUCCUGUUACUAUCACUGACCAGACCCCUAUGAGCACCGUUGUGGACAUGUUCAAGAAACUUGGCAUCAGAACCUGCCUUGUCACACACAAUGGGAGGCUGCUGGGCAUUAUCAGCAAGAAAGACGUCCUGCGACACAUCGCUGACCUGGAUAACCAGGACCCAGGCUCGACAUUCUUCCACUGAGCACGCUCAGUCUGUCAUCUCAACACCCAUUGCCAACUCUCCUGUGGUAUGCAGGCAAAUCUUUCCACCCCACAUGGACAGCUGUGUUGUGAAGCCGAUACCUUCCCAAAAUUUCUACAUACCCUGGUAAUAUAACAAGUCUUCAUUAAGUUUAUUUGUAUGCUACAAGACAAUACUAAUCACAAUGCAAGUACAUGUAUGCUUGGUUAUGGAUACAAAGAAGUAGAAAUUGGAGAGAAUGUUCCAGUUAUGAAAAAACAAAGUUCUUUUAAUGGACCUCUGAAUUAAGAGUUGGGAACAAAUUACGAGUUUGGUAGAUCAGAUGCCUUUCACAGAUCCGAAAACUUGAAACCUAAUGUAUGUAUGCGGCUCACCUGUCAAAUAGUUCUCAUUACCGUCCAUUACUGAGUUACGUUCACCGUGUAAAAUUCCAUUGUUCAUGGUCAGUGUCUGAUUGUAAGUCAUAUCGCAACACCACCAAAGCUUCAGAAGAACUGCAUCUUGGUGGCAAAACGUAUUGUAUUGUUGCAAAGUGUCAGUUUUUUUCUGUCAACCGUCUGAUUGGUGUUCCAAAUAUUUUUUUCACUUCUGUGUAUAGUUAACUUUUUAUUUAAGUGUUUUUUGUACAGAAUUUGUUUACAGCACAGCAUAUUUUUGAAAGGUUUACUAAUAUAAAAUGCAAACAAGUAUAUUUAUGAGGUACAUUGGUGUUUUUUUGGUAAGGUCUCAAUUGGCCAAUGACCAUCUGCUUAGAAAAAUUUUAAUAGUUCUUACUAUUCAGUAUUACAGUUUUUGAUUCACUGUUUAGUUUUAGUCUUACUGAAAUUGUAUUUUUAUUAGCUUCUCGUAGUUGGACAUCUGGGAAUUUCUGUACGUUAUUAAAUAGCACGAAGGGUAAA